UCAAUCGAUCUCUUUCUCGGUGUUCCUACUUCCAUUUAACUUGUGUACCUUCUGGUUUUUGUUUCUUUCUCUGAGAAAGAGAGCGAGAGAGUCGCAAUUACGGAUGAAGAAGUGUACAAGUGAGACGACGUCCAAACUUGACAGAAAGACGGCGGAGAGGAACCGGAGAAUCCAAAUGAAAGGUCUCUGCUUCAAGCUCGCUUCCAUGGUUCCUCCCCAACACUGCAAAUCCUCCAAAUCCAAGGAAAUGAUGACACAGCAAAGUCAGCUCGAUCUUGCAGCCUCCUACAUAAAGCAAUUGACAGAAAGAAUAGAGAUUCUGAAGGAGCGGAAGGAGAAAGAACUGAGUUCACAAUUAGGGACUAGUAACAAGCCGAGCAUGAAUGAUGUUAAUAAUCGUGCUUGUAAAACUGCAGUGGCCGGAUCAAGGUUGCCUCUUAUUAAAAUGAGCGAAUUGGGUUCUAGCAUAGAAGUUUUGCUGAUCAGUGGGCUGAAUAAGAACUUCAUGUUUUAUGAAGUUAUCACUGUACUUCAGGAAGAAGGAGCUGAAGUUGUCAGCGCUAACUUUUCCACUGUGGGCAAUAAGGUUUUCCAUACGAUCCAUGCGCAGGUUAAGAUUUCUAGGGUUGGUGUAGAGACUACGAGGGUAUGGCAAAGACUGCAGGACUUGAUUUACUGAGAUCUCUAUCGAAAACUAAUGAAAAUGAUUUUAUUAGCGGCUGCAGUUACAAUAUAUGAAGCAAAUUGAAACUCCCAAUGAGAAGCUGAGGAGUAAAAAGUAGCUAGGGUUUAAGCUGAAUUAAUCUAUGUCCUCAACUUUUCAUGUAAUGCUAAUAGGCGGAAAGUCUGUCUGUAUAAAAUCUUAAUAACUGAAUUCCACAUAUUGAAUUGACGGGGUCGU